AUGUUUACAGUAUUUACCGUCACGUCGGUGGAGUCUCGUGAGGCGCUCCUGUCGUCUCUGGUUCUGGAGGCGGAGCGUCGUGCGGCCGAGUUGGCGGCUCAGGCCCAGAGAGACGGUUUGUCUCUGGACGCGUGUCACAACAACAAAGCCCUGAGGAGCUGGGAGUGGAGGAGCCGACUGUACGCACGCAUGAGGACCGGCUUCCAGCACGCACGUCCCCCAGAAGCUCCGACCCUGGUGCGUCUGUGCGUGAGCAGCAGCUCCACUCUGAGCGUCAGCUUCCAGGAGCCGCAGAGCCUCAAUUCCACUGUGGUCACCAAGUACAAAGUGGAGUGGAGCUGUCGCAAGGACUUUUCUCUUCUCGCUGGAGACGCAGUUUUGGACAAUCUCCAAAGUCUCAAGUUCUGCAUCACUGGACUCACCACGGGUCAAGUUUAUUUCGUGCGAGUCUCCGCCUACAACAUGAAGGGCUGGGGUCCCCCGGCCUGUUCCCUCCCCCCGUCUGCAGCGCCAUCAAACUGGAGAGAGUGCGAUGGUCGAGAGCCCAAACGCAGAGGUCAGAUCGAGGCCAUGGAGAAACUGCUGCAACAAGUCCGAGAUACACACAUGCAGUACUGCUCUGGAGACCCGUCCAAGCUGCAGAACCCGAGCAGGAAGCAGUCUGUGUCCAGGAGCUUAAAACACCUGUUCAACUCCAACAAGUUCAUCAAGACGCUCAAAAGAGGCGUGUACUUGGCCACAGUCUUGUACCACAGGGACAGUCUGCUGCUCACGCCUGACGACCACAUCCCCAUCGUGGAGGUGGACGACUGUUUCGGCAGCUCCCUGAUGCAGGACUUCCUCUGGUUCACCAAGUUGUCGUGUAUGUGGGAGGACGUGCGGUGGCUCAGGCAGAGCAUGUCCGUGUCCAUGUCGUCCUCCUCCACCCUGCAAACCAGACACAAGAUGCUCACAGCAGCCGCGCACAUGCAGAACCUGUUGGGGACACAUAACCUUGGUCGUGUGCAUUUUGAGCCCAUUAAAGAUCGUCAUGGAAACGUGCUGCUGGUCACGGUCAGGGAGCUGGACUCUCAGAGCUCCGCCUUCAGCGGGAAGUGGACGGCAGUGACCAAACUCCAGAGCCAAAGGAAGAGUCUGUCCACCCCCGAAGAACCGUAA